CAGUUCAUGUGUUUCAGGUCAGUUGGGUGUAAAGACUUCAGCUGGAAAGUGGAUACAUUUAGUUGAGUGAAGCAUCAGUGUUUUCUCUGAAAAAAACGGAUCAGUUCAACCAAAAAGGAGUUGGGAAAAGCUAGACGUCACAAUCGCCCUCAGUGCUGAUUCUGCUUUCUGUUAAAACUUUUUCUUUAAAAAACAGACUAAAUCAUAACUGAGCACCCUUUGAAAACAGAAAAUCAAAUGAAAGCUGUUCACACUGGAAUAUGCAGCAGAAACCUGCUUUGCACGUGGUAAAACAUUCUUUAUGACGGCCAAAAGCUCUUGAUGUUCCGAUCCUUUCUGUAAAUUGCACGGCGUGUGGCAGCUCCGCCCAUUAUCUGCCACUCCUACCCGAUAAGAGGGGCCCCACCUGUCCCAGCCCAGUGUUGAAGGACCCGCCCUGUGAAAUGUCUGCUCUGAGGGCAGCGGACGCAGAGCAGGAGGCAGGUGAAAUGUGGCCCGACAGGUCCGAGAGGAACACGGAGUCUGUGAGAUAGAGACGGGGAGGUUACAGAGAGACUGACGAGCCUGUCAGCCGAGAGGAUUUACACUCAGAGCAGUCUGGCCGGAGUCAGCACAGUCACAGAGUUGUUUGUUUUCCCGAGAGUGGGACUGGUCAUUUCACGGACACAGCGAGGAGAGGACUUCAGAACCUCAGAGGGGGGGCCUGUGGACCUACUACUAUUAGGCUUGGAAAAAGUGGAAUUUCCCUCCUCCUCCCCUAACUUGAGCUGGGGGCAGAUGGUCGCUCCGAGAGGCUGAGCAGAACUCAGGAAGGAGAGUGAGAGGAAGGGUGGGAGAGGGGCUGCAGAGAGAGGAAAAGAAGCCAGGAGUGGACAGAAGAGGAGACAUGCUUCGCUACGGUUCAAGACCAAGUGUUUCCACCACCACCACCAUAACAGAGAAGCCUCCGGGGUCUUCGAGUGAGACGGGGAUCAAAGGCGUCAGGUUAACUCUACACGUAGGGGACAAUGGAACCAAGAGAGCACAAACUUCAGACGCAACACAGGCGAAGAUCGAUGGGAAGGAGACGUGGAAGAAGACGAACGGCCUGGUCCACAGGGAGAGGCCAGCUGGCAGGGAGUCUCCUCAGCAGCACCUCAGAGACACAACCAAUGGGGUGCCAGAGCAUCACGGGCCCAAAGUGUACGGCAUAGUGCAGAGGACGGGCUCAGACAGACAGCGGGAGGUGAUGGCGCGCGAGUGGACAGUCAGUCACCUUCAGGAUGAGAUGAGGUAUAUCAAAGAGGUCAGAGACUCUUUGGAGAAGGUAAGAGAGAGGAUGUAUGGGCAGUUUGGAGGGAUGCAGCAAACAAUGGAUAAGCUUUCACAGGAAAUCAGGGCUGCCAACUCACACCGAAGGAGUCUGGAGUCUGAGGUGAAGGUGCGGACAGCAGCCAUGGACAGCUUUGACCAGAUGAACAGCUCCCUCAUAUCUGCCAACAUCGGCCUGCAGAAAUCCAUUCUGGAGAACUGUAAGGACAGAGUGGACACGAGUAAGGAUGUGAAGAGCUUGCGGAGCGCCUGCGAAAAAGCAAAAGAACAGCUCAGGGACAAGGAGCGGGAACUGGCUGCAGCAAAGGCUGAAAACCAAACCCUGAGACUUCAGGUGGAGUCGUCGCAGGAGGCCAACUGUCAGGCUUUGCGGGAGAUGUCAGCAAAGCUGCAGAGGGAAUACGAGGAAAAGCUGCAGGAGGAACAACGCAAGCACAGGGAGGAGAUUGAGAACCUACAGGCUCAACUGGACGAGUACAUCAGGCGACUGGAGGAAGCUGACAGAAACUUGAGGUUAGCGGAAGCUAAGAUUGCUGAAAGAGACCAGCGGAUCAUAGAAGUGGAGCGUCUCUUGGACUGUAUGGGAAAGGAGAAAAAUCAACUCCAGACAAAGCUGCAGGACUGUGAACAGCGUCUCCGUUUGAUGGAGCUAUCAGACACAACCGAUGCAACAGUAGCCAAAAGGUCCAAAGAGCUUCAGGGGGAAGUUGUAGACCUCCGUGAGAGAAUCAGACACUUGAAUGAUAUGGUGUUCUGCCAACAGAGAAAAGUCAAAGGAAUGAUAGAGGAGGUUGAAAGCCUGCGAGCUCAAGUCGCUCAGAAAGACAUGUUCAUCUCAGAACUUCUGGACAGGAUUGCGAUUGUGGAGUGUGAGAAUAAUGAGUUAGAAGACAAGCUGAAGUAUUUUAUGUCCAUACAGAAUAGGCCUCAAGAGGCAUUGGAAACAAGGGAGAUUGGAGUAAGCUGUGAUCUGCUCCCAAGCAACAUGCUGCAGUCCAACUCCUCCGCACUAAGUGGGACCUUCUUUUGCAACCGGCCAUCUGAGUCUAAACCUGACGAGAGUCCAGUCUGGUCCGGAAGAGAUGAGUGUCAAAGUGAGGUGUGUGUGGGAAGAAAAGAAUCCAUCACAACCUGCUGUUUUCCAGAGCGGCAGGGACAGGUGGGAGACCUCAGGAAGCAAAGCACGGAGGAGCUCCAGGAGCUUCUGCUCCGACAGGAGAAGAUACUCUCUAACAAGAGAUUAUUACGGACUCUUCCUGACCGAGGAGAAAAAAUUAAAGACUUUGCAGAGAAAGUGCGCCUUGCCAUCGAACAGCACCAUGAAGAGGAAAGAAGGCAGGCUUUGGUGUCUUCUGCCAAGACCGAGUUUCAGUCCAAGUACCAGCAGAGUUUCACUUCCCAGCAAUGUGCCGUCUCCCCUGCACCGGCGCCCCCCCACCAGGACAGAAACAGCCAGGAUGCUGCAGGAGGAGCUGCGCAGAUGGAGGAAACAUCACCCGUGUCGGCAAACUUGCAGGACAGCACCACUGUGGCUAUGCAGCACGAGCAGGUUGUCUCCAGCCCAGCUUCUGUUGGGGCAGCUCUGAACUCAGAUGAGACAAAGGAGGAUGCGCUUGUCGAAGCCUUGGACAGGGUCACACUGUCUGAAACCAGUACCGGGGAAUCCAAAGGCCACCUAAACCACGGGGCAAGAGACAAUUACUUUUCUGGACAGCAGCCAUCACAAAAGCCUCACUACAUGACCGUUCUGGAAAACUCAGACAAGUUGUCCGGUCUCAGGAAGCAGAAAUUCAAACCAAAUCAGUUGCCCCUUAGGAAGGAUCCUUCUCCGUCAGGGUCUAUGUCACCUGGUCAGUCGCCCGGGAGCGCGUCGCCGCUCUCUGCUCAGGCUCGACGGGAACGGGACAGAAAACACCUUGAUGAUAUCACUGCUGCCAAACUCCCUCCUCUCCGCUAUGAGCCAGCUAAAUUCCUUUCCCUGGAGGAGUCAUCCACACUCCUCAGGGAGCAAACUAAGAAGCAGCAGGAGCUCCAGGCCAAGCUGGCAGCCCAGAAACUGUCUGAGGGACUGAAGAUCUCUAUGGGGAGCUACUCUCCUGACGGUGGCCCCAUGGCUGCCUACAGGGAGGUUUGUGAUGGAGACCAGCUUUCCUCAGAGGAGGACUGAUCUAGGAGGGCCAGCUGGGGAAACCAGUGUAACCUUGGCCCAGGAGGAAAAAGGCUUUGGACCUCGUGAACCUGGCCUAUAUAAGAGGAUUUUCACUCCAAGAGCAAGAACUCUCAAACAGAGAAAAGGGGCUUUGCAUGGUGUGAAGGAACAGUUGGUAACCCAGACUCGACUCAGGAAAUUCACUGUCAGCUUGAGAAACUAGCUGACGUAAUUAGUAUUGAUAUCGUACUGGGUUCAGUUUUUUUCCAAAUUCCUGCUGGUAUAGUAACACCUUUUGCAGAUCAAGAGACUUAAAGGCUUAAUCUGAAGCACGUCUCAUGAGGUAACGCUUUGUCAGAGUGCUGAACCGAUGACAUCAUGGCCUUCCGACUCUGAGGGAACUUUUUGCUAACUCUUCGGCUUUAGAGUGCUAAAUAAUGCCAUGCACUCAAACCUCAUUAACAGGUGGAGCUGACUGUUUAGGCACAGUGUGACUGUCUGUCCAUACAGGAGACAGUUGUUUGUUUGUUUAUGUAAUGUUAUUGAUUAUGAAACAAACCAAAUAAAAAUAUCUGAUUCCU